AUGGGUCCCUGUACGGCCUCCCAUUGCUGCUGUCUCCAUCGCCACACUCUGCCAUGUGCCACUUUCAGGUCUCCUCACACUGCUGGUGUGUUCCAUUUUUUGACAUAUAGGGUGCUGGCAGAUUACGGGCCUCCCAUAGCGCUGCCAGGCCCCUAAUCUGCCAUGGGCCCCUAUACCGCCUCCUCAUGCUGCUGCCAGGUCCAGAGUCUCUCAUGGGUCCCUGUACGGCCUCCCAUUGCUGCUGUCUCCAUCGCCACACUCUGCCAUGUGCCACUUUCAGGUCUCCUCACACACUGCUGGUGUGUUCAAUUUUUUGACAUAGGGUGC